GAAGAAAUAGAUAAUGAUACUAGUCAAAGACCCAAUGAAGCUCAACAAGCUAUAUUGAAGCAGUUCAAAAAUAAUUUAAAGGAUGUACUGACUGGAGACUACACAGACAAAGUCCUCUUGAAAUGGUUAAGAGUCAGAAAUUAUAACGUGAGAAAAUGUGAAAUGGUUUUCCGUGAGUUCCUGGCAUAUAGAGCUGUAUUUAAGGUAGACACUAUUGUAGAAGAUUUCAAUGUGCCGGAGGUGGCGGUCAAGUAUAAUUUCCAGUCAUACAUAGGAGAGUCAAAAGAUGGAACUCCUUAUGGUUAUAUUGCUCUGGGUCGAGCAGAUCUUUAUGGAUUUGCUGUAUCCAUGACAGAGUUUGAAGUAAUCCGGCUAUGUUCAUAUGAAAUAGAAAAAUAUGUAAAAAGGUUGAAGAAACUGAGUGAAAAGUGUGGAAGGGAAUUGAACGAAGCUAGUUUCAUAGUUGACAUGGACUGUUUCUCACUCCGGGAAUGCGUACGAGCAUGCGUUAUUGAAAUGGGAUUUGAUCUUUUGAGAUUACUGCAAGAUAGCUAUCCAGAAAUUUGGAAGCACAUUUUCAUUAUUAAUGCUCCGUUUUAUUUCUACCAAGCUUUCAACAUAAUAAGGCCAAUUUGCCGGUAUACUUUCCUAAGAAAUUUCCAUGUUGUUUCAAGAGAAAAUUCUUCCCAGUUGCUAUUGAAAUACAUCGAUGCUGAUCAACUUCCAGUCUUUCUUGGCGGUAAAAGAGUGGACAGCAAAGGUGAUCCCAUGUGUUCAGAAUUCAUAGAUUUCGGUGGGAAGAUACCCUUCGAAUAUUACCUUAGCAACAAGCCUCCCCUCGAUCCUUCUGAUCCGGGAGUACAGGAUGUGUGGAUCGGAGCAAGAUCUUCCUACAACUAUGCUCUGGUUUUAAGAGAAGCAAAUACCCGGAUUAGAGCUGAAAUCCGUUCAGAAGGAGGAUCCAUCGUUGGUGCCCUUCUUUAUCGAGCGUUUCGACCAGGUUGCCAACCCGAGAUUCCAUUACCAAAUGAGUAUCUAAACGAGCAAGAUGAGAGAUGCAAUGUAAAGCUCGUGAGUCCGUGUGUUAAACUCCAAACUCAUAUCUCACCCAUUGACGACGAAUAUGAGUGUCCAUGGCCAGGAAUAUAUAUAACAAAAUUUGAUAACACUUCCAACUGGAUGACGUCUAGAAGAGUAAUAUUUCGAAUUCUUCAGAUUCCUUCUCAACCCUCAGCUCCUUCUUAACAGUAAGAACCAGGAAUAUGCACAGAUGUGUCAUUUCGACUCCUUCAUUAGAAACAUUCGUUAAGAAAUAUUAACUGCUUGUUUGUUCCGUUUACCAAUGAAAUCCCAUAUGCCAGAGCAAAAAGAAUCCAUCAUCAUCCCAAAAAACUAAAUAAAAACAGAAAUAUUUUCUUAUCAGUACCUGCUCUCGCCAACUACUAUCGCCAAGGCACCAAGGAGAAUUUGUACUAACAAAAUUUUUGAAAAAUUUAAAAUUUUUUUUAUAGGAGUUGUUACGAGUUCUACCAGUUGGUCUUCUUUUGAGUUUUUAUUAUUUUUUUAUUUUCUCAGUUCCUCUUGCGCCACUGUCUGGUUGUCGCCAAAAUUUGGUGACUUUUUUGACGCAGGUACUGAUACGGAAAUUUCCCAGGAAAAACUAAAACUAUAAUAAAAUUUUUUCUUUGCCUUUCGCAAUAAACCAAUGUAAUCAAAUAGCAUAUUCACUCAAUGUUGAUUAAUGGAAAUCAUAGGGAAAGAACCUGUUAAGUGUGAACUCGAAAACAUUCCGAUUUUGAAAACUUGCUUUGUGGACUGUAAGUAUAAAAUAUAACUUAUUCUGCCAAACAUUUUUAUAAGUCUGUUUUAUUGGAAAAAUAUAGUUAGUUAACAUCUUCCUUUACAUUUUUAAACAGUGUGAUAUUGAGACUUUCCAUAUUCUUCACACUAAAGCUUUUCAAUUAAAAAAAAAGUGUCAACUUAAUCAAAAUACUAUGUAUCCAAUGAAAUUUGAACUAUUUUUAGAAUAUAAAAUGCAGUUUCAUUCCUAUACUUAUAUUAUUUUGACUUGUUUUUAUUCGUACUUUUUGUUUUUAUUUUUUAAUGUAAUUUAUUUGUUUGUUUUCCUUUAUUGAAAGAUUCCUAUUGUUAUACGUACAGAUACUUUUUCAGAAUUGAAAACUAGUUACUUAUUCAUUUUUGUAAAUUAAAGUGAUACACCGAGCAGAAAUAUGCAAAAAAUGAGGAAAAUCAAUUCUCCUGCAACUUGUUAAACCAGUAGAAAAUAUACUGAAUUAAUAAAAUCUCGAAAAAUGCAAGAUAGAAAUUCUUGAGAAAUAAGUUAUUCGAUGCAAAUUUAUUUAUGAUAAAAUGUCAUAUUUUGAUAUUUUUCCUUCUAAAUUCUGGAUUUUAUGAAAAAAAAUAUAUAUCCAUAAAAACUUUAAAAAGCAUUAUUAUAUUCAUAGAUUUUGAAGAAAAAAAAUCAUUAAAAUUGUAGCAUAAUUUUCAUUUAAACUUAGUUUUCCUAGUUGAAACUUAGACCAAACUCUAAGCUGAAAAAUAUAUAUACUGAUAUUAAAUAAAUAAAUAUAGAUGGUUCGCUGUUUUAAGGAAUCGAUUGUAUGAGCGAGCAUAAGUUACCUGCGUAAAAAGAAGUAGUGCCCGUAUUAAGAAACAACCAUUAUACAUUGCCUAGGUUACAUUUUUGAGAUUUUAAUAUGUUCAAGAUGAUUUUUUCAUCCAGUUUUAACGAUAAUAAAGUCAGUUUAACUCAUCAGCCAUUUUGAUGUGCCUUGCCAAGUUGUGGAGAACGUGUGGCGCCAUCUUGCGGCAAAUAAGAGAGCUUUUUUUAUCAGUUGCUUCUUAAAAACUGUGGUUUGAGGCAAUAUAAGAAAACUCAUUUGAAAAAAAGAAAGAAAAAAAAGCUUUGUCAUCCUCUUGCAAUGAUGCUUUCAAUUUUAAUUUUUACAUCAAUUUUAUGUUUGAAAUUGAAUAGUAUGAAUUGUUUUUGUUUUCCUCACUUUUUCAACUUAUCACACGUUCUGUUGAGUGUUGGAUAAUAUGGAGAAUAUCAUAUACCAUUUAGUUAUAUUUUUGAAGUUUAUAAAUAUUUGACAAUAUCUGUACAAUAAUCUGUGAAAUGUAUUAAAUGUAUAUAUCUGAAAUGUGUAAUUAGUUAUAUGCAAUAAAUUGUCCCAAUAUGUAA